AUGAGUGGACAAGGAGCACGAUAUCUUGGUGAACUUUUGGAAACAAAUACGACACUCGAAACACUGAGUCUCAACGUAAACGAAAUCGGCGAGGAAGGAGGACAAUAUCUCGCUCAGGCAUUGGAACAUAAUAAUACACUUACUACGUUGCGUCUCGAUUCGGGUAGAAUCGGAGAUCAAGGAGCAAAAUAUUUCGCAGAAGCUUUGAAAAAGAACCAGACCCUUACCACAAUAGAUCUUGGCUCCAAUGGAAUUGGUGAUGAAGGAGCAAAACAUAUAGCUAAAGGUUUGCAAAACAACAAGACACUCGUGACUAUGAAACUGUAUAGCAAUGCAAUCAGUGCACAAGCAAUUGAAGAAACGAAGAAAAUCCUGAAGACUAAUGAAAACCUAACCGUGGAUUGGUGA